AUGCCGGUCGAGUCUUUUGAGGAUGAGGGAUUGGAGAGAAUUCCAGAUCUUCGUCUGUCGCAAUGGCUUUUUCAAGCUAGCCUUAGUCGCACUUCUGCGGAUAAAAAAGCCGAUCUUGUGGAACAAAUAAUGACAGUGAUCCAAGCAGACAAUAUGACACCAUUUUACAAGAUUGUCUGUGACCAACUACAGCUAAAAGAGGAUGAAGAUCUCAUAAAUCAAAUGCAGAGUGCGAACGAAGCUAAAAUGAAGGAGUUGGAGGAAAAUAUUAAAAAGGCAGAGGAGUCCGAAGGCGAAACGGAAAUUCGGGAUGCGAUGAUAGCCAAAGCGCACUAUCUCAGCAAGAUCGGCAAUAAGGCCGACGCGUUGACCCAGUUCCGCACCAUCCUCGACAAAACAGUGCUGCCCGGGUGCCGUCUUGAUAUCACCUUCCAUCUCAUCCGCAUGGGAUUCUUCUUCAAUGACAAGGACCUCAUUACCACAAAUAUCGAGAAGGCCAACAGUCUAAUCGAGGAAGGAGGCGAUUGGGAUCGGCGUAAUCGUCUAAAGGUCUACCGGGGACUACACAGCCUGUCCAUUCGGGACUUCGACGCAUCAGCUAAGCACUUUUUGGAUGCUGUCGCUACUUUUACAAGCUACGAGCUUAUGGAUUAUAAGAGCUUCAUUAUCUACACAGUGCUUACGUCCAUGAUUGCUCUUAAACGGCAGGAUCUUCGUUCAAAGGUAAUCAUGGGCUCUGAAAUACAGGAAGUCCUCCACAGUCUUCCAGCCGUAAAGGAAUAUCUAACUUCGCUCUAUGAGUGCAGAUAUGCCGAUUUCUUCCUGUAUUUAGCUGCAGUGGAGCAGUUCAUGCAUUCUGAUCGCUAUCUCGCGGCACACGCCCGCUAUUAUGUUCGUGAGAUGCGCAUUUCUGCCUAUUGUCAACAUUUGGACUCCUACAGCAGUCUCAGCUUAGAAAGUAUGGCAACCACAUUCGGGGUCACGGUAGGCUUUCUUGACGCAGAACUUUCACGAUUCAUUGCCAACGGUCGAAUUGCUUGUAAGAUCGACAAGGUCGCUGGCAUCGUAGAGACGACGCGUCCAGACAACGUCAAUUCUCAGUACCAAGUGAGCUACCCUUUGUGUGGAUGCUGUUAUUAUUGUUCUCGUUUGCUGUUGCAGGUUUGUCAUCUUUUCGGUUGUUGUUUUCUUUUAAGAAGGUGA